AUGUACCCCUACACGGUGAAUGAAAGGGUGGAAACCACAGAUGGAUACCUCGGGACAGUCAGAUACGUAGGAACUGUACCAGCAUGGGGUGAAGAGCUUGCCUUGGGGAUAGAAUGGGAUCAGGCAAAUCGAGGGAAAAAUGAUGGAUCAUUGAAUGGAGUCCGAUAUUUCCAAACAUUGGUGGCAAACGCAGGCUCGUUUGUCAAGGCAAACAGUAAGAAGCUUUUGUCAAAGAGAUAUACAUUUGCCGAGGCCAUGUCAUAUCAAUAUGGUGGUCUAUACGAAGAAGAAGAAGAGGGCCAUGAACAGGUAUCUUUUGGUACUAAAGUUGUCGAAAGUUAUGGAUUUGGCAAAUUGACAGACAUCCAGAAGAACUUCUAUAACUUGAAGGUUGUUUCCUUGCAGAGAGGGAAGGUUUAUGGGGCGUGUAGAGAUUCACAGACUCCAUAUGAUGACAGCAGUGAUUUCUAUAGAUCACUUCAAAAUGUGCGCAGUUUGGACCUUGGAUUCAAUCUUUUCCCCAAUUUACAAGAGGUGUGGAAUAUUGUCGAUAGACUUGACCAAUUGGAAAGCUUGACUCUUAAUGGGAAUCGGUUUGAAACAUCGAAUUUUGAGCAAUCUCUGACAUGUCAUUUCGCAUUGAAAGAACUUCAUUUGACCAGUACAAAUCUUCAUGCUGAAGAAUUGCCAUACAUAUUGAGGAAAUUCCCUAAUCUCCAAGUAUUGAGUUUAGGGGCAAAUAGAUAUACAGAUGAGGAUUUACAAGGGAUUAAACCUCCAGAUUCUCUUAAAGCGGUUGAUUUAUGUUUCAAUUUACUUACAAAUAUUCCAAUUUGGGCGAGAAAGAUCUACAAUGUGAACUUAUCAGACAAUCGGAUAAGUAGAUUUGAAUUAAGUACUAAUAGAAUGUUUGAUACUAGAACAACCCAUCUUAAUUUGAAGAAUAAUUUGAUAUCUCAAUGGGAAGUUAUUGAUUCUCUUCAAACGGAAUUCUUCCCUCAUCUUUAUGAACUACGAAUCAACGGAAACCCAUUGUUUAAUGAGAUUCUGGAAGAUGACAUGAUAGUCAACUUAAUUGGACGUCUUCUGUGUACAUCUAUGGCAAACAGUGUUGACAAGAUCUACAAAAUAAAUGGUGCAUCACUCAAUGAAGGUGAGAUCAACAAUUUAGAGCUUUAUUUUAUUUCCAAGGCCAAGAGUGGUGAAUUCAUAGUGGAUUUCACUAGUGAGAGAUGGAAGAGUCUUGUAAGACAAUACAAUAUUGCGAUGGAUGAAGGUACGGCAACCAAGGUGGAUACACUUCUCCGGAAAUCGGUGAUCAAUCUUAACCUUGUCAUACGGAAUAAACCCUUUCAAAGACAAUUUGUUCGAACAAACACGGUGUUAAAAUUGAAGGGGAUAGUUGCUAGAUUAAAACAAGUGUCUGUACUUCGAGUCAGGGCUUCAUAUUGUAUGAAUGAGGAGGAAUUGGAAGAAGAACGAGUCAAUAGAGAAAUGGAUGAUAAUCUCGCCAUUCUUGACUUUUAUGACUUACAAGAAGGACAAAAUGUUUAUAUAUACAUUGAGGAUAUAUAG